AUGGCUGUAAACCAGCAUUGGUACUUCGAAAUUGACGUAGAAUCCAUCGCCCCACAGAUAGGAGUAAUAGACCGAUAUGCAAGUGAUAAUGUGAACAAACUUCUUGUUGGAAAUAAGUGUGAUCUCACAGCACAGAAGGUAGUUUCCACAGAGACAGCUCAGGCUUUUGCUGAUGAAAUUGGCAUACCUUUCAUGGAAACAAGUGCAAAAAGUGCCACUAAUGUAGAACAGGCUUUCAUGGCUAUGGCUGCUUCAAUCAAGAACAGAAUGACAAGUCAACCUGCAAGAGCGGUUGUUGUUCAUCUUGAAAGGACGAAGCUCUGUUGCCUUAAUGAUGAUUCUGAUGUGGAGCUGUGGUGA